AUCAAAUAGGGAUCACGGGACGCCAGCUCCGCGCCCACGUCGGGCAAGCCAGCUCCGCUUGCAUGGCCGUCCGGCACCGGUUGGGCACGAGUGGUGUGCCCGCAAUGGUGUGCAUUUUCGCUCUCUGCAUCCGUAAUAUGUAUGCUGCAAAUUGAUUGUACCUUGAGCAGGGAACACGCAUACGCCUUUGCUCAAUGUCCCUUAGCUGGCCACAAAUUGUGACGCGAUUCUCAAGGGCCUCUCGGGUUGGCGAUAUCCCAUCAAGAGUGCUACCUCUGAACACCGCACCGCUUGGUUAUAAACUCACGAGCAGCAGGCGCCGUAACAGCACGUGCGGCUUGCUCGCCAUACACGUACCACUGCUGCUCAUCACCGUCACCGUCACCCGCGCGAUGGGGGGCGCCCAAGACCCAGAGGGCUUUGAUCCGGUUGCCGAUACCGUGGGGCCCGGCAUCUAUAGCGGCAAGGUCAAGCGUGACGAGCAGGGGAAUGUCGUGUGGGGCAAGCAGUACCAAAACCACAACAAGGCCCCCGGGCCAGUGUACGCCGGCGGCGGUUACACGGCGAUGGCCAACGCCAUCCACAAGGGGCCUGAAGCGGUGAAGGCGCUCCUGGAGGCCGGGGCUGACCCCAAUGAGGUCAUGACAGGCGGCGCUCGCCCGCUGCACACGUGCGGCAUGAGCAGGCGAGGCCAGCUGAGCACGUCGUUGCUGAUUGAGGCGGGGGCUGACAUCGAGGCUCUGGACACGUACGGCUACACGCCCCUCCACCGCAUGGCCUCCAAUAAUUUGCCGAUCGGUGCGGAGGCGCUGCUUAAGGCAGGCGCUGAUCCCGACCGCGCCACGGGGCAGCCCUACGCGGGCGAGACGGCGUUGCGUAUCGCACGACAGGCGGGCGCGCGGGAGGUUGGGGCCGUGCUGCUGUCUUACGGCGCCACCAGGUGAAGUCCGGCGGUGCUGUGGCAUUACAGUGAUGGCAGCGGUGGCGGUGGCGGCGUCGCGGUCGUCGUCGCUUGGUGGCUUUGGGUAUGGUGGCGAUUUGAGUGGUGACAAUGCGCUGGUGGCAAUGAAUGUGUGUGUGAUGGGACAGUGUUAAGGCAGGUUGGUGAAGUCCCGCAGGGUGCAGCUAAUUCCCAGACCCCAGAAGAUGGCAAACAAUUUGCAACGCGCUGGUGGCAAUGAAUGUGAUUUGUUAAGAAUGCGG